AUGUGCCGUCUUGCCGUCGUCGCUCUUCUCGCCGUCGUCGCCGUCUCUGUCUACGGACAGCCAGCCGGAGGACAGGAUGUGCCGCCGUUCCUUCGCAGAGCCACUCCGGCCCAGCUCCAGAGCUUCCAAGGAAUCAUCCAGAACAACGGACAUCUGACCGACGCUGCCCUCGACACCAAAGUCCAAGAGUGGGUCAAGCAGCAGGGAGGAAACGUCGCCGCCGACUGGGCCGAGUUCCAGAAGUUCAUCAAGGGACAGCAGGGACAGGCCGAGGCUGCUCACCAGGCCGCCAUUGCCUCUUUCUCCCCGGCUGCCAAGAAGGUAAGCGGAUACAGCAGGGAUUAAGGGAAAACUAGCAUGGGCAACUAGUAGCUACUGCCGGUUUGAUCGUUGAUCACGAAACAAAAGAUCGCCGAGUCCUUCCAUCAUCCAAACUCUUUCCUUUUCCAGGCCGACGCUGAACUGACCGCCAUCUCCAACGACGGAUCGCUCUCCGUUCAGGCCAAGGGACAGAAGAUCCAGUCGUAUCUCCAGUCCCUCCCAGCCAACGUCCGCACCGAACUCGAGAAGGCCCAGGGACAAUAA